AUGUUGCAUUUGCUGGGUUUUGAAGUGGGGUUCUGCCCGCACGCUGAAUGUGCAUGGAGCCUUGCGCAUUUCGUUGGCAAUGAACUGGCUGGACUUAAUAGCAUUGGUGCAAGUGUUACUGCUGCACAAUAUGCAAAAAACGUUAUCAAGCUCCGAGAAAUCAUAGAUCGUUUAUACAAUAACUCCCAACAAAUACCUAUGAUUGUAGCACCUGGUGCAUUCUUUGACGAGAAAUGGUAUGGGAAAUUUCUUAGAAAAACUGGACGAGGAGUGGUCGAUGUUCUCACUCAUCAUAUAUAUAACAUGGGUGCAGGUGAUGACCCCAAAUUGAUUUAUAGGUUCGUUAAUUCAACGUAUCUUUCUCAAGUAUCAAGCACAUUUGAACAUCUUGAAAAAGUAAUUCAAAAGAAUGCUCCUUGGGGUGCUACCUCGGUUGGAGAAGCUGGUGGAGCUUAUCAGGGUGGCCGUCCUCAUCUUUCCUAUACAUUUAUCAACAGUUUUUGGUACCUGGAUCAGCUCGGAAUGGCGUCAAUGUACAAUACAAAAGUAUAUUAUAGACCAACUUUGAUCGGUGGAUUUUAUGGUGUCAUCAAAUCCUCAACUUUACUUCCUAAGCCAGAUUACUACGGUGCACGUCUCUGUCAUCGACUCAUAGGUGAUGGACAUAAAACCCAACAAUGGGACCCCAGUGUUCUCAAAAUUGAAAAUAACGUCUCUUCUAACCUUCGUAGCCAUGCUCAUUGCUCGAGAGGAAGAUCGGGUGUAACUUUGCUUUUCAUCAAUUUGAGCAAUGCAACCGAUUUUAUAAUUGACGUUGAAAACAACAUCAACCUGAGUUUAAUGAAAAUAGAUUCGCCGAGAGAGGAAUACCAUUUGACUCCAAAAGAUGGUUUCGUUAGAAGUUCCACCGUGCUUUUGAAUGGAAAUCCAUUAGAGACUACAAAAGAGGGAGACAUACCAAAUCUUAUACCUAUCUAUCGUCAUAGUAACUCUUCUAUACAUAUUGCUGGAUGGUCCAUCGCUUUCAUUGUCGUCCCUCACUUUGUAGCUCCAGCAUGCAACUGA